UGUUGUUUCUAAAGACUUGUAUUCAUAUCGGUUUUACAUAUGCUAGCUUAGCUACGUGUACUAUAAACAUGUGACUUAGAAACCAGGAGGUUUUGAGAGAUGUGCAGACAAAAAUGUACUAGACAGACUACAUUGCAAUAAGUACAGUUUCAAAGUGUGUCACAGCACAAUAUAGGAAUACAUUGUCUUAAUGGUUAGCUUGUGUUAUUGGGAAUGGGACAUAAUAACUAAAAAAACUUAACUCAGUUUCCUUUCUUUGGCUUCCUUUUUAGUAUCCGAACAUUCGCAUAAUAGUUGGACUACAUUCCCCGGAACUUUCUGUAACGACCUUUGCGUUCCGGACGAUCAAAGUAACUUGCGACACACGAGAUGCCAGUUUACAUUAAAUUUUCAAGAAGCAUGGAAUUGUUAGGAGACUUUGAUGAUUCUGUAUUUGCAGAAAGCCGAGAAAGGACGGUUAUGAAAAUAAACGGUUACUAUGCUAAGCUGUGCCACCCUAAGUGGUUCUGUGAAGAGGUAAAUUGUGUAGACGACACUGAAAAACUGACUGUGAUUAAAUUCAGAGGAGAUCUAGCUUAUAGGCAUCAAGAGUAUCAGAAAGCAUUGUCUGAGUAUUCCAGCUGUUUAUUGCUUGUACCAAAGUCUAAUCUUGCUAUGAGAAGAGAUCUACAGGAGAGUCAAGCUCGAUGUUUGUGUAACCUCAACAGGCACAAGGAAGCAUUUGCUAUCUCUCAAGAACUGAGAAAUGGUGUUACAAACACAGAUCAUCUCACUGCUGUUCUUAACCUAGAAAGCUCAAUUUACGAAAGCACUGAUAAUGUUAAAGAACAGAUCAUGUGUCUACAGCAGCUGAUUUUGUUACACCCCUAUAAUCCCUGGAUUUGGAGAAAACUGGCUGUGCUGUACUUAAGACUUUUACAGACAGAGUGGACUUCUCACAGCUGUGCUUUUGCAUCUUAUGAAGCUGGGCUUCAUAGUGACCCUAAUAGAGUUCUUCAGCAAAGGAGAUUAAGUGUUAAAAGGAGUAGCAAGCUCUGUGACGCAGACAUUUUGAUACCUACUUCAAACUCUAGAACUUUCAAGAAAGAAACUAUUGAGAAAGACUUGUGUUGCUUUGAUAAAAGAGAAGAAAACCAGCCUCUGGAAUGCAAGAUAGAGGACUGUGAAGAUGAGAGAGGUCUAACUGAUGUGGGAGAGAAAGACAUAACUGUGAUUGAAAGUAAAUUUGUCAAAGAACUUGUUUUAAGAGCAUGUGCAUCUUUUAUACGUGCAAGACUUCUGCUACAGCUUGUGAAGAUGCAACAGUCCUCAUUUGUUCUGAAAAAGAACUGUGAUGUAGAAGAUGAAAUUGAGGAUCACUUGAAAGUUUCUGGUCUGGAGACAGAAAUAGUCAAACAGAUUAGUGAGAUAAUGGGAGAAGAUCUUACACCAGAAAAAAUCAGAGAUGAAACUCAAGAUGUAGAAAAAUGUGAGACUGAUGAUGCUGGUUACAGUCAGCCUUCCUCAAAAAUAACAGCAGUGCAUGUGUUUGAAGAAAAAUGGUUCAAAAGGUUGAAAGGCUGUCUCUGAAGGAUACUUCAAGCAACCCGUGUUCACAACUUGAAAAAGUUGUAUGUGCUGUAUUUUCUACAGUUGGUGACAAAUGAGAAAUGAGGAUUAUGAAUACUCCCACAAAUGAUGAACCUAUAUGUGCUGUUUUCUGCAUUCCUUGUAUAAUAAGACUCCUCAAAAUUGUUUACAAGACCCUAUUUCCCACCAUGAAGCAGUAGUCACAGAUUUGCUUCUGAUUUUCUAAUAUAUUUGUUAUUGUGGGCAGCACAGUGGUACAGCGUAUAGCGUUAUCGCCUCACAGCAAGAGAUGCCCUGGUUCGAUUCUCACCUGUGGUGCUUUCUGUGCGGAGUCUGCAUGUCCUCCAUGUUUUUGCAAAGGUUUCCUCAGGGAGCUCUAGUUUCCUCCCAAAUUCCAACAACAUGCGCUAGGUGGUUUGCACACUCUAAAUUGGCAAUAGGUGUGAGAGUAUGUGUGUGGUGUGGAAGAACAACCACGGCAGGGCUAGCCACCUGGUGGUGUAAACCUUGGCUCUAGAUGAUUGUCACUGCUGAAGUGACACCCCAACCCCAUGUGCCAAAGUGGGGAAAGGGGGUUGUGAAUUGAUGGAUUGUUUUUAUUGUUGUCCUGCUGAAAAGGAAUUAUGGUAAAUAUUAAAAUUAAUUAUUUGUAGUACUUAAAAAAAACUGACAACUGCAUUGCUUCACCUUUAAUAUGUAUGCUGAACAUGCAUAUGCCCUAGAUGAGUCACAGAAGAACAUUAUAUUUUUUCCUUGCCUCCUGGAUCUUGCACAGAGGCUGCCAUUCUUUCACCCACUAACCUGCUCAUUCUUGAUUUGGGGUGGAAGCCAGGCAAUGUCCAGUUUAGGAAAGGACCCUUAGGCCCAUAUAUUCCCUAGCUAGGGAGCCUAAUCAGCCCAGUCAUUCACUGGAGAGGUGAAAUUCAGGUUGCUGAGAACUGGCCAGUAUGCCAGACACAGCAGAUUCACCUCACAAACCCUGGAUCUCCUAACUCCUGCAGCAGUUCUCUUGCGAUCUGCUAUGUACUGUCUUCUGUGGGAGUCAUGCAUGCAUACACAUAUGCCUUCCCCAGUUAGUGUGUGCUCAGCAAGCUUGAUGUCUGUGUAUGCAAAACCAAGUGCUACCUGAAGGGAUCACCGAAGUUGUAUGCCAGAACCAUCAACUGGAUGGACAAAGAUACUUCUCAACUAUGCCUCAUUAUAAGGGAAUGUUCAUAAUUUUGACUCUUAAAAAAAAUCUAUGUUCCACACUGAAGGAACUUGGCAUACAUUUAUUGUUAAUAUUUGUUUCAUGGUGACUAAUGCUGAAUCAUAUUAACUCAUCAAAAGAAUGCAUUUACAUAUGAAAAAACAUUUAGUAACUAUGCUCUAAGCCUUCUUUUUAGUCAUUAGCAAGUGUUCCAUAUUUUGUCCAUUUGUUCCACAUUACGAGAAGUAAUGUUCAACAUUUUGGAGAUGGAAGCCACUAUGACUGACAGUAGGCACUCAUUCCCAUUCUCUCUAGUCUGUCUUGUCCAUUUUCUUUGACAAUAAGAAAAAACAGUUUAGGGUUUCAUCCCUCGGUGCUACAGUGCAGGCAUAUUGCAAUAUUUUUGUUGGAAUCUAAGACGUACACCCAAAACAUGCUUUAGAAUUGUGUUUGUAGUGUUGCAGUUUAAGCAGCACAAGGAAGUGAAACAUAGCCUGUGAUAAUGGCUUUCAAAAGCAACAAAACAAUGUUUUCUUUAGAGAAGAGCAUCUUUACAGGGGACAUGUUGUACUGGUGUCAUUAGUGUCUAUGAAUGUGCAUUUUUCCAGAAGUUCUUGUGCAUCUCCUUGAGGAUUAGAUUUCCUUCAGAAAAAAAAGAUUAAACAAUGGAGAAGCGAGAGGGUAAAAGUAAAGAAGAAAAUUAAUAUGUCUUUAUGAGUACCACUGAUAUUGGUAGCAGCAAAUAAGGAUAAAGCCAAAAACUGCUCCCUUUUCCAGGGCAGUUAUAAUACUUAUUUAUGCUGAGAUACUUCAUGAUUGGUGAUAGAAAAUAUCAGCAUACAGGAUAAUGCCAACUGAUGUUGGCUGUUGUACUUUGGAUAAAGCUGCCUUCCUCAAAGUGACCCAGUAAUGAAGGUGUUAGUGAGCAACUUUUCAGAGAAUGUAUUUACAUCAGAAAUUGGUUGAUUGACAGUGAAGUGAGUAUGGCUAUUUAUUUUCUAUUCAUUGAAUGUAGAGCUUUUCUAAAGACAUAUACUUGUUUAUUUGGUCAGUAGUUAUAGUAGUGUUCUGAAUCCCCAGUCAUGUGAUAGGUGGUCACCAUGUCAGUGAAAAGUAUUUCAUUAAAAAAAAAUACUUAGCAGACUUUGGUGAAUUGAGGGAUUAGCCUUCAACAUCCCUUACUCUGUCUUACUUUAACACAUUUCAAGGUUGCACAACCUCAGAGGAAGUUAAAAAAUUUUGUUGACAUGGUUUGUCAUCCUGUAGGAAUCAGUAUAGUCUGUCAAAUCCCAAUAAGACGGUUGACUUUUCAUUCAGAAGUCACACACACUGAUCCAUAUCAGGUUGCACAAAAGGAAAAAGAUCUUCUUUUCCAUCCUUCUCAUAUAAUGUGAAGCUAUUUUUUUAUGAAGUGCAAGUAAGUGGUAUAUGAAUCAGCCACUGACUGUAACCAGGGCUCAUUUUCCUCAGCAGCCACUUCUGAGAAUGUCGUUUAAAGAACAUUAAACUGUGGGAGUCCAUAUAGUGACGUUCAUAAUAAUUUGUCUGAUUGUCUUGAUAACAGUUUUUCUUGAAACCCUAUCAGUCAGGACUACCCCAUCGAAUGGAAUUUUGUCACUGUUUAUUUGGUCACAAAGCAUCACUACCCCUGGCUUCCCGUGUGUAAUGUGACAAGUUCUGAAGCUGCUAAACUUUUGCACCCUUAUUCCUCAUGGCUAGAAGCAACAUGUGAAGGUCCCAAAAUAUUCUUGUUAUGCCCAUGUCUGGGUUAUUUGUACCCAAAAUAUAAGGGCUAAAAUCUACUAUAGAAAUGUAAGGUGAGGCUUCAUUAGCCCCAUCAGUCUAUUGACCUUAGUUGACAGAAUGCAACUGAACUAGUUGCUAGCCAUGAAUCAAUGUACUUUAAUAGUGUUUUUCCCCAAAAAGCAUUUCUGCCACUUUGUUGUAAAAUUUUGCUGGUAUUUUAUAUCCCUUCAGUAAUGAGUACUCAGGACAUGACUGACUUUUACCUAGAAAAAUUCAGACACACUCUUGCAUCCCAAAAAAAGGUGGAUGGUUUUUAGGAAGUGUUUACAGACUUGUCGGACCUAGCCAUUAAUCCUUAUUUCUUAAAGAUGUCUGCUUAAUAUUGCAGAGAAAGCAGGCCACAUAUGCUAAGCUCAUUGAUAUUAGGUAGAGUCUAUGACGGAAAACAAACUGGCAAAGACUUCAAACAUAAUGCACAUAAGUUGUGAAGUUAAUUACUUAACUCACCUGUUUUGCAUUUGGGAUUAAGUUACCAUAGCAGAAUCCACACACACACUUUAAUGUUCAGAUGUGCACUGUUAGAAAGAAAACAAAUCUUUAAAACAGUGUGCUUUCUGCAGUUCAGUUACAGAUCUCACUAGUUUUACCAGACAAUGAUAAAUAACUUCCUUGCUGUACUGGUACUCAUUAUCUACUGUCCUAAGCACCCUGUCUUUAAAAUGAUGGAGUACUGUGUCUCACUGAUUGUAGUUCUGUUGAGAGCCAUAUCACCAGUACAGUCUGGCUGAAAUUUUUAUGAUCAUUUUAUGUAAGUGAUCUGGCUUGAGCUCAAAAGCUAAUUAGAUCAGUGAUAAAUCACAGCAGUAGAGUUAACUUAUUGCACAAGGUAAAAUAGCUCUGAGCUGAGAGAAGCAGUCAAGAAAACUGAAAUAAGGUAAGAAAGGGAACUGUGGUUCAUUUGGUUUUGUUUAAGUUGCUGUAUGCACUUUAGAAUGUUGAUCAGUUGUCACAGUGUGUGACAAGUAAUUUAAAGAAAGCUGUUAAGGUCACUGUAAUGGAGGGCAUGUCAGUUUUCUUCUGCAUGCAGCAACUUUUGAGUUGCCUAUGCUUUUGUUGGUUAAUGUAGACGUAGCCCCAUAUGUUGGGUUAUGGAGGCCCUGCUCCCCACAGAAUAUUGUAUUUUUAACUUUUAUGUGAUCACGAGGGAGGCCUGUUAGAUUUUAUUUGGCAUAUACACUUAAUUAUAGGUGUUUUAGUGUGUUUCAGAAAAUUAGAUCUAAUGUUGUUAAUCCUUGUUCAUUCCUUAUGAUGGGUUAUCGGUUCCGUCCU